AUGGAAAGGACUAGGUUGGCGAUCUGUACUUAUAACGCACGUACGCUUGCAUCGGAAGCGGCCAUCGAAGAUCUGAUGAUGCAAGCCAAGAAGAUCAACUAUGAUACUACGACCCGAAUCGGACGUCUGCGGAUGAGAAGAUGUGGUCCAACACCAGCUUUGACUAUCUUCGUCGCUUACGCUCCAACAUCAAGCUACGAAGAAGGAGUCGAAGCUUUCUAUGUGGACCUGGAGAAGUUCUACCGAGAAGAUCAUGCCUUCUACAAGGUCAUAAUUGGCGAUUUCAACGCUAAAAGUUCUAUACGGGAUCGGACCAUCGACUCCUCCGAGGAAGAUUUUCCUUCACAAGGUAGAGCAGAGAAAGCCGUCAAGUUCAGAGAGAGAAAUCCCAGGACUAUCAUCAACUGGGAUCUCUUUGCUACGCUAGCCGGCUUUUGGGAAGAUUCCGCAAUGGACAACAUCGACGAGGAAUAUGACCGGCCUGUUGAACACCUUCACGACUGCGCGAAGAAGGCUGAGAGUUUUGAAACCACCAAGAGACGCCUGUCUCUUGAAACUCUUGAACUGAUACGCCAGCGUGGAGCAGCACGAGCCGCAGGGAACCAAGAACUCACGUCCGAGCUCGCAAACCUUUGCAGAGAGGCGAUAAAGGAAGACCUUAAAGAGAGAAGAACAGAAGUGCUGGCUGAAGCUGCAGAGGCGGGGAAAAGCAUCCGCUGUGCCCGUCGAGACUUCGCCAGUCGCAAGACGAGGAUGAAUGCUCUCCGGAACCCGAAGAGAACAACUUUCCAUUGCUUAGGAAUCUUGCAUUCCGGCAGAAAACAAGUGAGGAGCCUUGCCGGUGUCUUGGUGAGACUUUUGACUGGGGAUAGGUUCUUCAGAUGUGCAUUUUCAGAUGUUCGUCGUCCCCAUUUCAUAGACGGAUGCGGAUUAUAUGAUGAGAAUAUUUCACGUACUGCUAAUGGUUCCGCAGAAUAUGAUGGAAAUCCGCAUCGCUCUACUUUGGCACCUCUUGAAGACUGCUUUAAAAAGCACUUUACAACAACAGAAAUGACAUAG